GUAUCAUGUGAUGACCUAAGGCAGUAAGUGAAUAAAAUGUCAUAGUUUUUCGAUUGUUUCUCUUUCCGAGUGAAAUAUUUAGGAUAAUCAAUACUUUUGUAUAUUUUAUGAAUUGAAAAGUAUUAGGCCUUAAAUAAAACGAAAAAUGUCAUAUGAGGAGGAAGGCUAUUCUCAGGCAGGGUACGUAGUUGGUUCUUUUCCCAAAGAUUUUGGUUAUGGUCCAGAUGACCAUGAUGGUGAGGUGCAGAUCAUCACCACGACACAAAAACCAAGGAUACUAUUAAUGGGACUUAGAAGGAGUGGAAAGUCAUCAAUACAGAAAGUGGUGUUUCACAAAAUGUCUCCAAAUGAAACACUGUUUUUGGAAAGCACAAACAAAAUCAUCAAAGAUGAUAUUUCCAAUAGUUCAUUUGUCCAGUUUCAAAUUUGGGAUUUCCCUGGACAGAUUGAUUUUUUUGACCCCACAUUUGACUCUGAGGUUAUCUUUGGUGGAUGUGGAGCUUUAGUGUUUGUAAUUGAUGCUCAAGACGAUUAUAUGGAAGCUCUUAACAAACUUCAUAUGACUGUUUCCCGAGCCUAUAAAGUCAACACAGAGAUACGCUUUGAAGUUUUCAUCCACAAAGUUGAUGGAUUGUCAGAUGACCACAAGAUUGAGACACAGAGGGACAUAAACCAAAGAGCAAAUGAUGACUUGCUAGAUACUGGACUGGAUAAUGUUCACUUAAGUUUCUACUUGACAAGCAUUUAUGACCACUCCAUAUUUGAAGCAUUUAGCAAAGUUGUCCAGAAGCUUAUCCCACAGCUACCAACAUUAGAGAACUUACUUAACAUUUUCAUCACGAAUUCAGGAAUAGAAAAAGCCUUCCUGUUUGAUGUUGUUAGUAAGAUAUACAUUGCUACAGACAGUUCACCAAUAGAUAUGCAGUCUUAUGAACUCUGCUGUGACAUGAUUGAUGUCGUGAUUGAUGUUUCUUGUAUAUAUGGCUUGCCAGAGGAAACUGAAGGAAGUACAUUUGACGAACAGUCCUGUAGUACUAUCAAGUUAAAUAAUGGCACAGUUCUGUAUCUCCGGGAGAUCAACAGAUUCCUUGCUCUAGUGUGUAUUCUUCGAGAAGAAAACUUUGAUCGGCAAGGCCUUAUAGAUUACAACUUUCACUGUCUACGACAAGCAACCCAAGAUGUGUUCCAGGUUCAGUUUAAAAGUCCAAGAAAACUUGAAGGAACCACAAAGGUGUAUGAAAGUGAGCAAAAAUCUUUCCCAAAGAAUUUUGGAAGUUUUCCUCCUUGUCAUGAAGAUUUGCUGAUAGAAGCACCCACUUUGUUGAGUUAGCCAAGUAAACUGUCAUAAAAAGUAAUAUAAAAUGACAGUAUUAAAAAUGUAUAACAAUAAAUACUGAGGAAUAAGUGUGUAUUGAUUUCUCUAUCCCAGGGGUGAAACGUAAAAGAGGCACAAAUGCAUUAUGCACCUGGUCCGUGUAAAAGACAUCUUUCUCCGAGAUACACAGUUGCUAAUGCAUAAAGUACCUUUUUUUUUUCUGUACUAGUAAACUAAUUUUAAGAUUGUUUCAAAGCUAAAUGUAAAUCAUAUUAUAAUCAGUUCCUGAAUUGAGAAUACUAUUAUUAUAUCACAGAGUUCUCUGUAUUACAAAAAUGUGUUUAUAAAUAUGGCAUUUUGUAAGAUUUCCGAUACUUGGUGUUGAAAAUCCAAUUUUCGUAGUUCUAUAUUCUGAAAUUUCUCAUUCCUUUUUUAAAGCUUUAUACAAAACGAACUGGCACCUGUAAGUAUUUGUUAAAUUUGUAAUAUUCUUUUCUAUUUUAGUGAUUGAAGCAAAGUUACUGACUUUAAUUCUUCUGGAUGAAAGCUCCCUGUUCUUUAGUGUUUUACAUGUUCUUAUUUGUGUUAUUACUCUGCUGAAAGUAACGGUAAUAUUAAGAAACUGUUAUCCUACAAAAAGUAGGAGCAGAUUGAUUUAGUAACCUGAGGUGUGAGAAAAUAAAAUAGAGAUGUAGGUGAAUAACUACCAUUCUCUAGUUAAUUCAAUAUAAAAACCAAUAGGUCAGCAUUUGUACCAUUUUCUCUCUCUUUCCUUGGCUUGUAAAUAGCUGUGUCUGUUUAGUUCUUAAUUAGAAGAGUAAUCAAGCCAGAUUUUUUAUAAGAAAUUGAAUGGACAAAAGCUUGUCAAAAACAGCCUCACCACAUUUUGAUGAUGUCCUGAAAUGUGCCUGUUGUACUUGUCACAAGUUUAAGAGUGGGAAAUGAUUGAGACAUCGGAAUAUUAUUUAAGAGAAGAAUUUUGUGCGUUUGGUAGUGAUUAUUGUCUAAUCUGUAUGGAAAGUUGUAAAAUAUAAAGUUUUUUUUUAGGAACUUUUUCAUAGAAUGCUAGUUUCAUUACUUCUUGCCUUGUACAUUAUGUAGUGUUAUUUAACAAGUGUUCUAGUAUUAAGAUGCUCUGUACUCACAAUAACAUUGUAUUUAAUUAUUUUCCAUUUAUUGUGUACUUUCUUAUAAUGUAAAAAUAAAAACAACUACUGUUCUACUCACCA